UGAGGUGGAUGAAGUAUACACUGAUAAGCUAGUUAGCUGACAGGCUGUAAGAUAGGCUUAGUUUUCAUUUUAGAGGCUGUCGGACAGCAGUGUCCACAGCCACACUGUCAGACUGACAAAACCGAGAGGGAUGUUUGACUUCGCUGCUGCUGAGGAGCUUUAAACAGGUAAGUUAGGAAGUUACAUAACACAGCUUCAGCUAGCUCCCUUCAAAGGGCACCUGGACACACAGACAGUAUGAGUGGCCAAAGUCGUCCUCCUCCAGCCGGUGAUGACAUUACUCCUUUCCAGCGGAUGGCGGCGUCGUGCACAGGGGCCAUCCUCACAUCUCUGUUUGUCACACCUUUGGAUGUUGUGAAGAUCAGACUGCAAGCACAGAAAAAUCCCUUCCCCAAAGGGAAAUGUUUUGUCUACUGUAAUGGACUUAUGGACCACAUUUGUGUGUGUGAAAAUGGCAACUCCAAGGCGUGGUACAAAGCCCCCGGUCACUUCAAUGGCACACUGGAUGCCUUCGUAAAGAUAGUACGCAAUGAAGGACUCAAGGCAUUAUGGAGCGGUCUACCUCCAACUCUUGUGAUGGCAGUCCCAGCCACAGUAAUCUACUUCACGUGUUAUGACCAGCUCUGUACAGCACUAAGGGUCAAGAUGGGCAACCACGCAGAGAAGGCUCCCCUUCUGGCAGGAGCAAUCGCUAGAGUGGGUGCAGCAACAGUGAUCAGUCCUCUAGAGCUGAUCCGCACUAAGCUGCAGUCUGAGAAACUGUCGUACAGGGAGCUGACUAACUGCAUCCGUUCAGCAGUGGAGACAGAAGGCUGGCAGUCUCUGUGGCGAGCUUUAGGGCCCACACUCCUCCGAGACGUGCCCUUCUCAGCCAUGUACUGGUACAACUACGAGAAGAGCAAGAGCUGGCUGUGUGAACGGUAUAAAACCAGAGAGCCCACACUGCCCAUCUUCUUCAUAUCCGGAGCGAUGUCCGGCACUAUUGCGUCCAUUGUAACUUUACCUUUUGAUGUUGUCAAAACCAGAAGGCAGGUGGAGAUUGGAGAGCUACAAGCACAGAAUUUGACGAGUAAGGUCUCCUCCUCCACCUUCGGUGUGAUGAGCAGGAUUGUUGCAGAGCAUGGCGUCAGUGGAUUGUUUGCAGGUUUCCUUCCUCGGGUUAUCAAAGUGGCCCCGGCCUGUGCCGUCAUGAUAAGCUCUUAUGAGUUCGGGAAGGCCUUUUUCCGCAAACACAACCAGGAGAGGAUACACAGGCCGCUGCAGACCAGUAACACCUGAUAGACUUCCAAACUAAAAACACCACUCCUGCAAGACGUUACCUGGGAGGAAAACACUAAUGUUACUAAAUUAAAAACAGAAGCAGAAAUGGAAGUGGGACGAAAAACUGACCCAAUUCAGCAUUUCAAGAUAUUUUAAAGACUGAAAUUUAUAUGAAAUGGUUUUAUUAUAGUAUUUAUAAUUGAAUAUUCCUUGCUUUUAUUUCACCGCAACUGAUCCAGUGUGCACAACUGAAAACAAAUAUUCACCUCAAUCAGUGAUCAAAUCCCAUUAUUUUAUAUGCAUUUCACAGCCAGCAGAUGGCAGCCACACUUUUGUUAAUAAUAUGUGACUUUCAGGAUUCCCAGAUGUGGUUGUCCCACUGGAAUCAUGUGCACUGUGCCUGAAGUUCUUACAUUAGAGAUGUAAGAUUAGAGUUUAUUCCUCUGUGUGUGUGUGUAUCCACCUGCUGUUCAGGGGAUCUCCAUGUUUUGCACUUCCACACUAAAGCUGUGAUUAUGUGUGUGACAAAUGUGAAAAUGUUCAAAAUAUACUAAUUAUUCUUUCCAAUGAAUCAUUUUUUUCAUUAACUUGUAUUACCUGUUGAUAGUGGACAAAACACAUAAAUGUCAAACGGUGUUUUCGGAAGUGGAGUUUAUUCAAAAUGAAGGAUAAAAAGGCAAACAAAUCCA